AUGCAAGUGGCACCCUGUGAUUAUUCAAAUUCAGCCAACAUCUCUAAUUCCUCUCCAGAAACAACAACUGCGUUAAUUGAUUCUGAAACUAAUACUCGAAUAUCAUAUUCUGUUUUGAUUCAAAAGAUUGAAUCGUUAUCUCAUCAUCUGAAAUCAGUUGUUGGUUUAUCUAAAGGAGACACUGCUUUCAUUCUCUCCCCUACAUCACUUCAUAUACCCAUUUUGUAUUUCUCUCUUCUUUCCAUAGGAGUUGCCAUUUCUCCUUCUAAUCCUAAGAGUACUAUUUCUGAGAUUUCUCAUCUGAUUAGCCUUUCCAAACCUAUAAUUGCUUUUGCUACGUCGAAAACUUCUCAUAAACUCCCUUCAGUGCUUCACCAUGGUACAAUUCUCCUCGACUCGGCUGAUUUUGAACUCAUGAUGACCGAAGAGGAGAGAACAUUGGUUGAUUUAGUGGAUAAGGUGAAUCAGUUGGAUACUGCAGCGGUUCUGUAUUCUUCAGGGACUACAGGCAGAGUGAAGGGUGUAAUGUUGAGUCAUAGAAAUUUUACAUCACUAGCAGCUGGAAUAUAUGGUUCACAACUGAAAAAUAGAGGUUUGGGUACUAGUGAUGUGGUUGUGCUGUCUACAGUUCCAUUGUUUCAUGUCUAUGGGUUAGUUUGUAUCCUAAAAGCAGCGGCAAUGGGUGAAACUUUAGUAGUAAUAAAUCAAGAGAGGAGGUUUGAGGUUGGAAGGUUGAUGAAAAUAGUGGAGGAUUACAAGGUUACGAAUUUGGCGGUGGCACCACCUGUUAUAUUGGCUAUGUGCAAGGGGCCAAGAAUGGACCACGUUCAUGAUAUGAAAUCGUUGACGACAGUUGUUUGUGGUGGAGCUCCUCUGCUAGUGGAGGUCAUUUCAAGGUUUAGAGACCGGUAUCCCAAUCUAGUCGUGGCACAGGCGUAUGGACUGACGGAAACAACUGGUGGAGUAUUCAGGACAUUAGGUGCGGAGGAGAGUCGUAGAAUUGGGUCAACGGGCAGGCUUUCAUCAAAUAUGCAAGCAAAGAUUGUUGAUCCUGAGACUGGCGCUGCUUUGCCUCCUUGUAAACAAGGGGAACUUUGGGUUAAAGAGGCAGCAAUCAUGAAAGGCUACGUCGGCGAGGAAAAGGCAACCUUGACAACUUUGGAUACGGAUGGAUGGUUGAAGACGGGCGACCUCUGCUAUAUCGACAAUGAGGGUUACCUAUAUGUUAUAGACAGGUUAAAAGAAUUGAUCAAGUACAAGGGAUAUCAGGUUGCUCCCGCCGAAUUGGAAGAACUGCUGCAAUCCCAUCCAGAUGUUCUUGAUGCUGCUGUAAUUCCGUAUCCAAAUGAAGAAGCUGGUCAUGUGCCAAUGGCAUUUCUUGUGAAGCGACCUCAUAGUUCUAUUGAUGAGCCACAGGUCAUGGAUUUCAUCGCCAAACAGAUUCACCAAAGUAAAACUAGCUAUGUUCCUGCCGCUACAACAAUACAGAGCCUUACAUACAUAGCUAGUUUAGAAAAUCAGAUGAUUGAGCAUUUUCCAAGACGUUUUGAGGAUGAUCUUGCUUUGGUGACCCUGGCCUGUCAAUGGCCUUCUACGAGCCUUAAAUACAUGUCAGGCCAUGACCAGCUAUCUAGAAAAGUAUCGCCGUAUAAGAAGAUAAGGAAAGUAAAAUUCAUUGAUUGCAUACCUAGAAAUGCUCCAGGGAAGAUAUUGAGGAAGGAGUUGAUCAAGCUUGCACUAUCUUCAAGGACUACUAAUACAAAAACUGCUGCAAAGUUACAGAUUCAUAGUUUAGUUAAAGUUUGUGGGUUUGAAUCAGAUUCAUUUGUUCAAUCUUCUUUGAUCGAUAUGUAUGUGAAAUGUGGUGAAAUUAAGGACGCUCACAUGUUGUUUGAUAGAAUGGGUCACAGAAACGUGAGUCACUGCAAUUGUUACAUAGGAUGCAUUCAAGAUACUAUCUCUAGCGUCCUUCCUAUGAUAGGGCAUACAGAAGCUUUGAAGAUGAAGCAAGGUCUUGGGGUGGACAAGUGGGUCGUUAGUGCACUAAUUGACAUGUAUGGGAAGUGUGGUUGUGCAUGA